UAACUAGAAAACAACUAAGGCACGUGACUAAAGAGGGCGUGAACAGUACUUAAAAGAGUGACAACACAAUUCAGAGUCUUAGUGCCAACUGACCAUUAGGCAAAACAACCCCGUGUAGAAGAGAGCUCUUAAGCAUGGGGACAACUGGAUUUUGGAUAGUUCUGUUAUGCACAUUUACCAUUACUUCAACAAGUCUGGGCGCUUCUUCAAACAAUCGAGAUAUCUCGGCUAAAUACGUUAGUGGUGAUAACCCUGAUGAAGCCGAAGGAUUCGAAUUCUUACAAACGUAUGAUAAGCGGGCUUCGCAAGAGUGUUACUUAAGUGUUUUAUCGAACUGGGCCUACGCCACUAAUCUCACUGAAGAAAACAAACAAAACUUGUUGGAACGGUCUCUAGUAUAUGCAGAGUUUCAAAAAGAAGCAUGGAAAAAUGCCACCUCGUUUGCCUGGAAGCAGUUUAAAAAUCCAUCAACUAGAAGACUAUUUAAAUUCCUGUCUAUCCUUGGAACUGCUGCUCUUCCAACGGAGAAGCUGAAGGAGCUAAAUGAAAUAUCGGCUAGUAUGGAGGAUACUUACAGUACAUCUAAAAUCUGCCCUUACUCGCUACAAGUUGUAAUAACUGACGAAAGUGAGAAUCUUGACGAUGAUAAAAGUUCUUCAGAAGAAGAGAACUGUACUUUGUCAUUGGAGCCAGAUAUAACUCGAAUUUUAAAGAAGUCACAAAACUACGAUGAACUGGCUUAUGUGUGGAAGGCUUGGCGGGACUCAAGUGGAAAAAAGAUUAGAAAACGAUAUGAACGUUUUGUAGAACUCAGUAAUGACGCAGCCAGACUUAACGGCUUUGCGGACAUGGGAGAAAUGUGGAGGGAAUCCUACGAAUCUGACACAUUUUUAGAAGAUCUAGAAAAUCUUUGGAAACAACUACUUCCCCUGUAUGAAAACCUGCAUGCUUACGUGCGGAGGAAAUUAAUUUCCAAAUAUGGAAAUGAUAAGAUUCGUCCUGAUGGACCAAUUCCAGCUCAUCUACUUGGUAAUAUGUGGGCUCAAGACUGGGCAGGAGUACAAGAGUUUACUGAACCGUAUCCAGGCAAACCAUCACUCGACGUCACUCCACAGAUGGUAGAACAGAAUAUGACGGCUCUGGAUAUGUUCAACAUAUCUGAAGAAUUCUUCUCUUCACUUGGGCUGAAAGAGAUGCCUCCUCCUUUUUGGGAACACUCAGUUAUAGAAAAGCCUACAGACAGGGAAAUUGUUUGUCAUGCAUCAGCCUGGGAUUUCUGUAAUGGUAAAGACUAUCGAAUCAAGCAGUGUACAGACAUCACUAUGCAAGAUCUGAUUACUGUUCAUCAUGAAAUGGGUCAUAUUGAGUAUUAUCUCCAAUAUGCUGAUCAACCAAGCCUUUUCCGUGAAGGAGCUAACCCAGGUUUUCAUGAGGCUGUUGGUGAUGUACUAGCAUUAUCUGUCUCAACCCCAAAACAUCUGAAGGCCAUAAGUCUCUUAAACGAAAUUGCUGAUGAUCCUGAGGGUGACAUCAACUAUCUCUACAGUAUUGCUUUGGAUAAGAUUUCAUUUCUUCCAUUUGGCUAUUUGAUGGACCUCUGGCGGUGGGGAAUAUUUAGUGGAAACACAUCUGUUGAGGAGAUGAAUACAAAGUGGUGGGAACUCAGGUUGAAAUAUCAAGGUGUUUGCCCACCUGUCAAGAGAACAGAAGAGGAUUUUGAUCCAGGUGCAAAAUAUCAUAUACCUGGCAAUACCCCUUACAUCAGGUACUUCGUGAGCUUUGUCAUUCAGUUUCAGUUCCAUAAAGCUCUUUGUGAGGCUGCUGGCCAUGAGGGGCCACUUUAUAAGUGUGACAUCUAUCAAUCUAAAGAAGCUGGAAAGUUACUGAGUCAAGUUCUUCAACUUGGAAGUUCAAAGCCUUGGACUGAGGCUAUGAAAAUCAUGACAGGAGGGAAGACCAAUAAAAUGGAUGCAGCACCCAUUAUAGAGUACUUUGAUCCUCUUAUUCAGUGGCUCAAAGAACAGAAUAAAAAUUACACUCUUGGCUGGACCAGCAAUGAUCCUACAAUUUGCCCUUAGAAAUAUUAAAAUACAAUAAUGUAUUACAGUUAUUCCAGAUUUUAUAUAUCUCACACGUUUACAGUUAUUAUAUUUACUUCUAUAGCAACAUUAGUUAUUGAUAAGUGCUACUGAUGUGUUAACCACAUUAUAUCUGCUAUAUCUACAGCUAAUGAGGAUUUUCACCUGAUACCAGACACUGUCACUUUGAGCAAUGUAUUUUGUUUGACAGUGCAUUUAAUAAAAUUCUAGAUUUUUAAUUGUAUUUAAA